CAGGUCGGGCGACAAAAACACGCCGUCUCUUUUUACUGCCGGUUAUGAAAAAGAAUAAAUCUCUCUCUCGCUCUUUAUAUCCCUCUCUCUAACACACGCAGUGAUUCUCACAUUCACGAAUCUAUCGAUCAAUUUAUCUGCCAUUUUCCGUCGCUGCUUCACCAAUCACUUCGCUCUAGAUAUCCACGACCUAAAUAAUGUCAGAGACUGCGGUCAAUACAAUACCUGAAUCAGAGAGGAAUGAUGGAAUCUCUGGUAAUGGAAAUGUCGUGAAUUCUCAGGUUCAGCACAAGGAUGAAAACAUUGAAGAAAGUCAAAAGAUAAAGACAGACUCUGUUGUAAGUCCCAUUAAGAAAGAUGGGACAGAGAACAAUGGAGUCGAGGUGGGGAAUUCAGAAGUGGAAUACAUUGAAUCUGUGAAUUUGAAUCCUGUAGAAGACGUAGAGAACUGUCUGAAGACACUUCUAUCCAGACUAGACUCCAAAGACUGGGUUUCGGUGUGUGAGGCACUUAAUGACGUACGCCGAUUGUCUAUAUUUCACAAGGAAUUAAUUGUUGGCAUGUUGAAAGAUGUGAUGUCCUUAAUAGUGAAAUCGCUCAAGAAUCCAAGAAGUGCUGUUUGUAAAACUGCUAUUAUGACUUCUGCCGAUAUUUUCAAAGCAUACAGUGAUGAUAUCGUUGAUGCACUGGAUCCAUUGCUUGUACAACUUCUUCUGAAAUCUUCACAAGACAAAAAGUUCGUGUGCGAGGCAGCUGAAAGUGCUUUGAUAGCUCUGACCACUUGGGUUUCACCUGUUCUAUUGUUGCCCAAGCUGGAACCUUAUAUCAAGAACAGAAACCCUCGAAUCCGGGCAAAGACUUCCAUAUGCGUUUGUCGAAGUGUCCCUCGGUUGGGAGUUGACAGGAUAGAAGCAUUUGGGAUUGACAAAUUGAUUCAAAUAGGUGCAUCCCAGCUUAGCGACCGGCUUCCUGAGUCCAGGGAUGCAGCUCGUACUCUGUUGUUGGAGCUGCAAUCUGUGUACGAGAAAACUCAUGUCCUGAAACCAACUAUUAUGUCCGAGGAACCAGAGAUAGCUUCUUGGGAGAAUUUCUGUCAAUCAAAGCUAUCGCCUUUGAGUGCUCAAGCUGUCCUUCGCGUGACCAAUAUUACACGAGAGGGACUUGUUUUGGGUUCAUAACGUUAGUAUUCAAUGAACACGUGCUUUAGUGAGUAUUGUCCUUUUCGUAUUGCCCUUGCUCGUUAUUAUAUACUUGUAUAUACCAUGAAAGUUUGCGGUUAAAGCAUUUAGUGGGGUAUAGAUUUUACGGUAGCGUUGGAAUAUGAUUACCAUUUAUUGCUAGUUAUGGGCACAAAUUAAUUCUGAAUGGCCAUUGUGACUCUGCAUUGUGCCCAUAAUAAUUUCUUUCCUAGUCAAUUAUAUUGUUGUGCUAUGCCAUAUUUUCUUUAGGCGGUUGUUUAGAUUCUGAACAGCACUAUCAAACUAGUAUUCUUCCGUAA